CUCCCUUCCUCCUCGCGUCCCCUUACCCCCGGACAUCCUUCCUGGUUCUCCCCCUGCUGGAGCAACCCCCUCUGAACGAUCCGAUCGUCGACCUUUCACCCUUCCGCUAGUCGCAAGAACAGCAUUCUCGACAGGAUGGACAUGAGCAGCGAGUCGAGCGCGGCUAGGUGGUACGAGCCCCCUAGGUCCACGCUGGAGCCGCCCUCGGGGGGCGCAGGAGUCGCCGGAGUCGUCGGCAAUCCCACCGAUUACAGAGGUUACUACCCCCACGCAGGACCAACCGCCCAUCACCCCGCAGCCGCCGCACAUUACGCUCACACAAGGAUGUCGAGCAGCGGCGUGACGAGCGGACCGGUGAGCCAGGUCUGUCGGCCGCACUUCCACAGUUCCGUGCUGCAUCCGUGGCUAUCGGGUAGCGGGGCGGACACUUCGAAGACGCCCUGGGGAUUCCCGACGACGACAGGCUCGAGCGGCGGCGGCGCGGUCAGCGACGAUAAACCGCAGAGCCCCCUGGGCUCGUCCCUGCCGCCGACCACCGGCAGCCUGUCGAGUCACGGCGGUGCCGGGGCUGGCCACCAUCUGUUUUCCUUCCCGCCGACGCCGCCGAAGGACGCCACCCCCGACAGCAUCACCGCCAGCACCACCUCCAGCACUACCAACAACAAUAACAACAACAGCAGUAGCGCAAACAACAACAACAACACGAGCAAUCCUCUGUCAGGGUUAGGUGGAGGAGCGAGCAGCGAGUAUCAGGCGGCGGUGGCCCACGCGGCGGCGAUGGGCGUGUUCAUGCACCAUCAGGACGCGCUAGGUGCAGGAGGCGCGAGCUCGUGCGACGUAAAACCGAGCGUGAUGUUAGGCCACCAUCACGGAGCACCAUCGCCGCCGCAUCAGCAACACAACGGGACGACGAACACAGGAAACGCUGGGAACGGGACGAACGGCGGAGCGACCGGUCAGGUGAAGCAACGAGAAGGUAAUAACCAGUCGGGCAGCGUGUCCGGCAGCCAACAGGCGAGCACCACGCAACAGCAACAGCAGCAGCAGCAACAGCAACAACAGCAACAAGAGGCUGCGUAUCAGGGGAACAACGUGGCGGCGGGCGGUGGUGGCGGUGGUGGCGGUGGUGCGAGUUCACCGUCGUGUAGGGACAGUUACGCGGCCGCUGCCGCCGCCGCCGCCGCAGCCGCGGCCGCGGCUGCCUCCAACACCCACCAUGCCACCUCCGGAUCCCAGUACGACCCGGCAACCAGCGCGUAUAACAUGUACCAGCACCUGCAGUAUCCUAGUACCACCCACCACCAUCACCAUCACCAUCAUCACGGCGCCUCCUCGUCGUCUUCUUCGUCUUCGUCCCACAACCCGCACAACGGGACCGCGGUUUCCGGUAUUUUCGGGCAUCACGCCGCCGCAGCCGGGGCCGGCAACGCGACCGGCGUGGCCGGCGUUAACGUCGACUCGAAGUUGUUGGUCGGUCACGCGCACGCCAACACGCCGAGCUCGCCUUCCGCGCAGCAGCAGCAGCAGCAAAAGCCCAGGAACAAGUCGAGGACGUCCGCCGAAGGCCGCGAGUGUGUGAAUUGCGGCGCAACUUCCACGCCUCUGUGGAGACGAGACGGUACUGGUCACUACCUCUGCAACGCUUGCGGACUCUACUACAAGAUGAACGGACAAAACCGACCUCUCAUCAAGCCGAAACGACGCCUGUCGCUGCAGAGCGCGGCGAGGCGGGCGGGCACCAGCUGCGCCAACUGCAAGACCGCGACCACCACGCUGUGGCGGAGGAACCAGGCCGGGGAGCCAGUCUGCAACGCGUGCGGCCUCUACUACAAGCUGCACAACGUGAAUCGGCCGCUGACGAUGAAGAAGGAGGGCAUUCAGACGAGGAACAGGAAGCUAUCGUCGAAGAGCAAAAAGAAGAAGGCCGGCGGCUGCCUGGGACUUGGCGGCGUCAUGGGCGAUAUGAUCAAGGCCAGUGGUCACCUCGAUCUCGACAACAAGCCCUUCCAUUCUGGCUUCGGCUCACCUAUGAGCACGUCGCAACAUCAUCACACGAUGCACCCAGCUAUGCAACACUACAUGUACCACACGGGGGUGGGAGUGGCUGGUGGUCUUCACCAAGGGUUCGCGCCCCCGGCGCCUCCACCGAUCCAUCCCCACUCGCAUUCACACUCCCAUUCCCAUCACAUGACGAGUCUUCAGGGUCUCCAGCUAGCCGCCACGACGAACGCGAUGACCGGUUGGCGAUCGGAGUACACAUGAAUCGCGAGUGAUCAACAGCUCAGGACGCAGCCCACCACUCUAAUCUCGUUCUAACGUAAUCGCGAGCUCGAGCUCUCCUCUCUUUCUCUCUCCGCGAACGAUACCGAGAGACGUUCGAGAGGCGCACACUGACGGAAAAAAAGAGAACGACGCGAACGAAAAAAGAAAAAAAAAGAAAAAAAAGAGAAAUUAACGCACGAGUCGCGAUCCAUUUAGAAUAGUGCGUUGCCCCUUUCUUCUUUUUUUUUCUCCCUUUCUCCUUUCUUUCUUUUCGUUUCUCUCUCUGUGUCAUCUCGCAUCUGUCCCCUUUCGUAUCGCGGUCUCGCGUCGCUGUAAAUAUGUAAAGUUUCGCACAAAAGGUAGGGCCGUCGAGCCCGGGCCCCAAGUACAAACAAAGUCAGCUAUAACUUGUAUCUGAGUCUAAUUAGACGUGCUCUGUACAUAGACGACGCUAUAUCUUAAACCAAGAGUUUCUAUUACGUGCGUGGCGUGAAAAACGGGGGUGAGCGCAAGCCACCCCCUCCUCCUUUGUCGUGUAAUCGAUCGUCCCUCCGAGGAGGCUUCGAAGACGAUUCUUACAGGGUGAACCAGCGGAGAAAAUUAUUUAUUCGAAACGUUCGAAGGUGUUCAAUUGUUUUCGAAAGGGUAUGAAACCCUCGGGAAUCGGAGUCGGUCUUCGGAGGCCGGUGUGAGUAAUAUUAGAUAUUAAGCGUGUAUCCGUGAGAGAAAUCGUGCAAUUUUCAAAGUCUUUUUAUUAAAUGAGAAUCCCGCGUGGGGACCAUUGGACGCCGAUUUUCUUCGCUCGCUUCUCUACGUUUCUACCUUGUAAUCCUCAACGCCGUUCUGCCUUUUCCACGUCGUCGGUCGCUUUCAUCCGCGCUACUGCUCCUAAGUGUCCGGACGAGUCGUGACGACAGCACGCAAAGUCUACUAGAGUAUACAAAUUAAUGCGAAGUUAAUUAUCAGAAGCAGCCAUCACCGAUCUGCCAGCAUUUUUAAAUGAAUUUGUAAAAGUACAUUAACCUCUUGGGUACGCGCCACUAUAGUGGCUUUCGCGGAUUUUCUACAUUACGACGCGCCACCAUAGUGGCUUUCGCGGAAGUUCUAUAUUAUGACGCGCCACUAUAGUGGCUUUCGCGGAUAUAGUGGCUUUUGCGGAUGUUCUACAUUACGACGCGCCACCAUAGCGGCUUUCGCGGAUGUUCUACAUUACGAUGCGCCACUAUAGUGGCUUUCGCGGAUGUUCUACUUUACGACGCGCCACCAUAGUGGCUUUCGCGGAAGUUCUACACGACGCGCUACCAUAGUGGCUUUCGCGGAUUUUCUACAUUACGACGCGCCACCAUAGUGGCUUUCGCGGAAGUUCUAUAUUAUGACGCGCCACUAUAGUGGCUUUCACGGAUAUAGUGGCUUUUGCGGAUGUUCUACAUCACGGAGCGCCACUAUAGUGGCUUUCGCGGAUGUUCUACUUUACGACGCGCCACUGUAGUGGCUUUCGCGGAAGUUCUACAUUACGAAGCGCCACUAUAGUGGCUUUCGCGGAUAUAGUGGCUUUUGCGGAUGUUCUACAUUACGACGCGCCACCAUAGUGGCUUUCGCGGGAGUUCUACAUUAUGACGCGCCACCAUAGUGGCUUUCGCGGAAGUUCUACAUUACGAAGCGCCACUAUAGUGACUUUCGCGGAUAUAGUGGCUUUUGCGGGUGUUCUACAUUACGACGCGCCACUAUAGUAGCUUUCGCGGAAGUUCUACAUUACGAUGCGCCACUAUAGUAGCUUUCGCGGAAGUUCUAGAUUACGGAGCGCCACUAUAGUGACUUUCGCAAAUGUUCUACAUUACGACGCGCCACUAUAGUGGCUUUCGCGGAUAUCUUACAUUACGACGCGCCACCAUAGUGGCUUAGUCUACUAACUAAUUCGUUCACCAUUUGAACUAAAUAAUUUAUUCAGUUUGUUUUGCUCCACACUUUUUUACCCUCGCAAUGUUUUUUGACAAUGUUAACAAUACAUAAUUUGUUUUUGAUACGCCAGUGUCAGGAAUCAAUUGUUGCUUUUCGUUAAAAUAAAUAUACCAUUGUUAGACGCUGUCUUUAACAUGUUGACCCGUAUCCUUAUAAUUUCGUAGAAUCUUCAAGCUGAAAGUGUCGCUUCGAAAUAGAAAACGAAGAGCAAUUUGAAAAACACCAUCGCGCUAUGAGUGUGAAAAUUCUGACGCGGUUCUAUGUGUUGUACCAUGAUUUAACAUAUAUCACACUCAAUUGUAUUGUUAAUUAUUAACAAUAGGUUUACGGACGUUUCUUAUAUACCUAUCUCUAUGACGACCCGUCAAAUUGACGGGUAAAUAACGCAUUUUCUUAAAAAAGUCGAUUUAUUCAAAUUAAGUCUGAAUGGAACAAUAUUAGGCUUCACGUUUAAACAAAUUAUUAAUAAGUAAAAAAUCUUUUCCUUUUAAAUUAUCAUGGAAAUGAUAAUAAUAUUAACGCUAUAGGGUAAUCAUAUUUAUUGAGCACAUUUUUUACAAAUGUUCUGAAUUUUGUUUGUGCAUUUUCUGCAUACCAUCUUCUUGCAAUAUAUACAACAAUUGUUGCUUCUGUUCCUUUUUUUGCAGUAGCCCACUUUUUCGCACUUCUGACGUUGAAAGUGACAGAAACGAAGCGUCUGAUCUUAAAAUAUGAACUCCUUUCUGGAUAUUUUCGAUCUGCUGCACUCUUUACAUAAUAUCCACGCGUUUAUCGCUGCCAAAUCUAAAAUAUUGAAAAAAGCUUGAAGGGAUCAUCGCAAACUCCCUGCUUUCUCGCUAUAUUUGCGUGCCAUCUGCUCAACGACGUCCACACCAAACUUUGUUUUAUUAUAAAAAGCAACACUUUUACAAUUGUCUUCUACUUGUACACCUGUAUGUUGGUACUUACAAGGACUUUUAGGUUUACUUUUGUACACAGUAAGCGUGCAGUUUUCUGAUUUAUAUAAAUGUGAGGAGAACAAAGUCAUCUUGUCUUUUUUCCCCUGAGCAUCGAGUUUCAUCUCUCCCCAUAGAAGGGAAAACAUUCGAAAUAUAUUUCGUGUGGACGUCAAAUGCAAACCAAAACUUAAAGCCAAAUUUAUGAGGCUCCUUCGGCAUAUAUUGCGAAAACCUGCAUCGGACUUUCGUUGGAAGUAAUUGUUCAUCUAUUGAGAUAUUUUCAUAUGGCUUGUAACGAGCCUGGCUAUUACUUAUAAAUCUGUUCCAUAUUUCGGAUAUCAGCGCAAAUUUAUCUGUUUGUAAUCUUUCGGAGGCUUUCAAUGAUCUCGCUUCAUAUGCGCCCCGGGCACAGAGAAUUCCUAGAAAACUACGUAACUCAGCAACUGUGAUUGUCCGUCUUUUCUCAAAACUCGAUGCGCCUCGGCUUCAGUGCAAUCUUUUAUGUGUUCCAUUAUGUGUCUAUCGAUUAUCAAUACGAAAGCACAAGUUACACAACUCGACAUAUUUCUCUUAGCAUAGCCAGUAGGUCCUGCAAUAUCCUUGAACAUCAUACGAACGGGCGUCCUACCCCUAGAUCCGCCUGCUUUCAGUUUUGUGUCCCGAAAUUGCAAUUUCAAUUUCACUACGUUUUGGCAUGUGCUUGGAAUGCUCGUCCUUCCAUCCUCGGAGUCAGAACUAGAAAAAAUUCGCGUCCUUUUCUUGAUACGAUACACUUCAAAGAAGCUUUCCAUCUCUCUACUUUCAGUGUAUUCAGAACUUUCACUGUCGGCUUCGCUUUGGCCUAAUUCACACUGAUCUUCUUUGAAAGUAUCCUCGGAACGAUCUUCAUCGAUGUUGACAAUUUUGCUCAAUAUCUUAUUAUAUCUCCUGGACUUACUCAGGAUUGCUGGAAAAGGGGAAUUGGUGAAAAAAGAAAAUAAUGUGUCCAAAUUCAAUUAUCCUAUUGUAAAUACUUAGAAUAAGCGGACUGUCUGUCUUUGAAAAACAGUGUGUUUAUUAAAUCAACUAGGUUUCGUAGAGAUAGGUAUGCUGCAUACAGAUUUCAAAAAUUAGAAAGCCUAGGGAAAAAUAAUCCUGCGUAUCGAUUCUUUGAGUGAAAUGAUUAAUCUACGAUGCAAAAUGGUUAAAAUUAAUGCUGUGCUUUUUGGCAUAUUUCAUUUCGAAGUUUAAAACUCGUCAAACUGACGGGUCCCGUAAACCUAGUGCUUGUAGUACGUGCAUCAUAUGUUUAAGAAAAAUUAUAAUUUAGUCAUCAAACACAUUGCGAUGUGUUUGCGUAGAACAUUAUCCGUCACACGUUGCUGUGCUCUAUUUACGCGUAAUUCAAACUUCGCGUAAAAUUCCUAAGAGGUUAAAGGCGUAACGAUCAUAUACUUUGCUAUCCAUUGAGCACACUGCCACGUAGCUAUACCGUUGAAGCGUCAUAGUUUGAGCCAUUAAAGCUUCGAGUUUCUGUAGCUGCUCCAGCUGAAGAACCUAAGGAUGAAAAGUCGCGAAGUAAAAGAUUCUAUACGGUGUGGCAAAUUGCGUGUUUAUCAUCGCUACAUCGGCGUUCGAAGAUCGAUCGAUCAAAUUUUCUAUUAUAAUUUUCCAUCAGCCGAUUACGAAGAACAAAGUCAGCGAAUUUCAACGUUGGCAAUUAAUAUACGUCGUAUGGAAGAGAAAGAAAAAUGUCCGGACGCUUUCGAGCGCUAGCGCUGUUCUGUUUCGGUUUGCGAGCACCCUGCGAUUAUUCACAGCGACGGCGGAGAAAACGUUUCGACUCGCGAAAUAAUUCCGCGAAAUCUCGCAGUGUUGGGCAAAUCUCUCACGAACUGGUUACGUUCGUUAGCGUUGUGAAACGUUUUCUGUCGCCACGAAUAUCUCACGUCGAUCCGCGGCUUCUCCAUCUUCGACUCGCAUCACUCGACUAUCGAAUAGUUUGGGUUCGCGUUUUAAUUUUCCCAGUUCCGGUCGAAUUUCAUUUUCCUUCGUGAAGGAGACCGCCGCAGAGAAAAUUGAAGCUGAGAAAGUCAAAUAUCCUAAACGCGAAUAGUCCGACGUAUAAUAAAUUAUUGUCAUCAAUGGUCUGCGAAUAUUUAUGGAAAUUCGUAUUUUUGUAAAUAUUAUUCGCAAAAUCGAUAGGCGAAUGUUCCACCUGUAUGGAACACAGCCGUAUUUUACGUUACAUGCACUUUUGUAUCCUCAAAUUUCCCAUAAGCGUAGAUUUAAAAUUCUACCGUCUAGUGAUCUGUAAUCGGUAAAUCAACAACGCCGUUUUCAGGGUUAAUAACACGGAUUUCUCCGCUAAAACUUAGUUUCACCGUUCUUCGAUCGCGCCCCAUUUUUACGCUUACUUUUCUACGUUUCCCUCUUUUCAUUUUAAAUGGCAGAACAGCUUUCCACUACCCGUCGACGAUACGCUACGCCGCUGACUUCGUAUUUGCAGAUAAUUUUCUUAUUUUCCUCCGUUUCAAUCACUCGCUUACGGCCACUAGCCGCUUGCGGACGAGGCCGCUCGACGAGCGAGCGUCGCCGUCGAAGUACUGACGCGCAUAGUUGGGAAAUUGCACACGUUGAUGGUUUUGUUCAUUGCCCAGGCUUGUAUUAUUUUUAUCAAUAUUUAAUUCCUUAUCAUUAUCACUGCUACUAGAGAUAUCGAGACUUCUUCUACCUUGUCAGCUUCGAAAUAGUAUUCGCCGUCGCUACUAUCGAACAUGUCCCUUCUGGGUUUUAAAAAAAUUGAUAAAAAGCUUGCCGAGUGGUCUGGUAAUGCCAUUGAAAGGUUGAAAUUCGUUCUGGCUCGACCAGCAUCCUGCGUCGCGAGUUUACGUUAAAGAGAAGGUCUCCAAAGAUCUGAUUUUCUUUCGUCAAGAACAUAAUACUAUUUCGUUUACUAUGCGUAUUAUUAGCGAGAAAAAUAGACGUAGACCAGCUACUUGAAAAUAAGUGUCAGAAACUGUGAACAGAUUUGGGCGGCUAUGUGACAGGCGUGCGGAACUGUGAAAAGACUUGCGCGACUAUUUGCCGACACUCGUCCGCGAAGAGCUAGUUGUCCUUUGGUAAGUUCGAAGGAGAUUUGGCGGAUGGCGGAAGGAAGCUCGCGAAGCCUGGUUUCUUGCGAGCGACGUUCCGUUGUUUCUUCCCGCGUGGCGCACGCAACGCUCUCCCCAAUUUUUCCGCCGGGAAAUCGGCGUCCAGUGGUCCGAGCGUCGCGUCGUGUGUCGUACCGGUUUAGCGAUAGCGAGCAACAAGUUAGGUGUAUAAAGCACACGUAGAGAAGUCGGUAAAUUAUAUGGAACUUCCGGUGAUCCAGAUCGCGAGUCGGUCGUCCCCGUCGAGAAAUCGAAAUUGUCGAUUCGAGGAACGAGCGAAAAGCAAAGAAAAAAGGACAAAAAUAAGAGAAGAUGGAGAGGAUAAGAGAGAAGGAAGACAGGGACUGGACACGAGAGACGGAGCACUGGGCGGAAAUGCAAAAGCGAAAAUACAAAAAAAAGAGAAAUAAUUAAAUAAUAAGAUGAAGAAAACUAGGGUAAAGAAGACGAAAAAAUCGUGUUGUAAAUUUUGUAUCUUCGAGAUUGUGUACCGUUAUCAUUGUAAUAAUAGUAUAUAUAUAUAAAUAUUAUAAAUAUAUAUAUAUGAAUAUAAACGAAAAAGUCUAUAUAUACAAAGAUGAAUAUAAAUAUAAAUAUAUAUAUAUAAAUAUAAAUAUUAUAAAUAUUAUAAAUAAUAGUUGAGGUGUGUGUGGAUGGUGGUGUGCGUGCAUGCGUGCGUGCGUGAGUGGAGGCGCGCGACUGGCGAAAAGCAAAAUGAAGUCAAAAGGGUGGGGAGGAAAGAGAGGAGUAAAAGUGAUUGUGCAUAAAUUAGCGGUUAAUUGCGCAUCGUAAGAUUUGCAUCUAGAUAGUCGGAGCGCGCGAUGGUAAUUAAAACGAUUUAUCGCGAGCGAGAAAGGUUAAUAGCCGUGAAUGACGAUUAUCAUUAUUAUUCUUAUUACUAUUAUCGUGGUCGCCGAUCGGCCGGUAUCGCCGAUUAUUCAUUAAUCUCUCCUUCUAAUUAAUUAAUUAAUCGCGCGGGCACACUCGGCACGAGCCGGCCAGAUUCGUCGCAAUUGCGAUCCUUUCUUUUCUCGAUCUUGCUAGGCCGUGAAUAUCGAAAAGGGCAACCCUCCGUUCUUCGUCAUCUCGCCACCCCUUCGAACAUCCGAUCUUUCGUCUCUUCCUUCGUGCAAACGUUCUUCUUUCCCACCUGUAUUCUCCGCGUUCGCUUUUCGGUCGCAACGCAGAUCAACGUAGAUUUUUCUCUCUUUGGAAAUACCUUGCCAGCCAUAAGCGUACGGACAAUCGAUGGAAAUAAUUUCGUAGAGAUACGAACGCUGCUCGCCGCUUUCGUUUCUUAAUUACUUCGUUACUCUUACGCUCGAGUGUUACACACGCGCCUUAUAAUUAGACCGUGCUUGUUUACGCGUUUCUUUCUCUACGCAGACUUCGCAUUUCGAAAAUUUACAACACGCGUAUGACACGCAAGAACCUACGAUCUUUAGAGUACUCGUCGCGAUACGUCAGUGGGCGAAACGAAAUUUCUAUUUAAAUUUCUGCUCUAUUUAAAUGCCGUUUGUUCGUGGCCGUAGAAAUAGAAAACCACGUAAACAUCCACGGUCUACUUAUAAUUCGACUUGUUCGAGUAACGUUUGUUCCAGUCGUUCGAUAGACGUAGCCAGCAGCUGUCCCUAUGCUUAUGACGUAAAUGUAUCUGUAGAUUUCCAAUUUUGCGGUAGUUUCGCCGCGAUGGCGUGCACAAAUCUCUUCCAAUUAUUUUAUACUCGAGAAACGAUAUCUAAAAGAAAUUCGAGUAACACGACGUCGGAUAUAUAGCGAAGAGUGUCGUGACGCGUAGUCGUCCAGGUGCUUCAAAUUCUUUGCGAUAUCGUCCUCGAGAUGUAACGUAACGAGAGACAGAGAGAUCCAUCCGACUGGAAACUUUGCUCGUCACUGCGUCGUCCUUGCAGAUUCUCGCGAAAUAGAAUCGCGCGAAAGCUUUCGAACCGAAGCUUUGCAAAGCCGAUUACUGGGAUUCUGUGCGAGCCGAUCAGAUAGCGAGAUUGAAAGACAGACGCGGUGGAUCGAUUGUUCGAGGUGCGAGAUCGUUUCGUUCGAAGAGAUGGCGGGCGACCUGGAACGGCGCGGUGGCUUCGAAAAGCAUUGGGACGAGGGAAACGAGAGAAAAGUAGAAGGAAAAAGAAAAGACUGACGAGAAGAGGAGGGAGAAAGGGCGGCGGAUGUUUCGCCGCGGCCCCUUUUUUCGCGAACGGGUCGGUAUGAAACGAAGAGACGCGGACGGCGGAGAGAGGACAGAUUAUUCUAAUAAAAUAGUAUUAUUAGGGAGUAGCGUGUAGACUGUAUAAAGAAACGCAAACGCGAUCACACAGAAAUACAGACACAGGAACGCGGAGGAAACGGAGAGGGGAAAGAGCGCAAGUACGAUGAUUCGGAAGGCUGGACGUUUAGAGGGAUGGAAGAAGAGCAGGAGGGAUGUGACUGGAGGCCGAAAGUGAAUUCAACGACAGAAGUUUCGUGCAGAUACUGAUUUCGUGAACAUGUAUAAAGCGACAUUGUAAGAUAUCGUUGUAAAAAAAGGUUUUAACUUAAAAUAAAUUAACGAUAAUUCACGCAUAAA